GCGCUCUCUGAUUGGUUCAUGGAAACUACUUACUCUCAGUAUAAAUGGAGAAGAGCAUCCUCUUCUUAUAACUGUCACAAAGAAAGCAGCUGGGGAAACAGAAAAACAAAAUCUCUCAAACAGUUGCUUGAAAUCCUGAAAUGGAUGCCACAGAAUUUCGAAAAAGAGGAAAAGAGAUGGUGGAUUACAUUGCAGAUUACAUUGAGAAGAUAGAGGAGCGACAGGUCUAUCCUGAUGUAGAGCCAGGUUAUUUAAGAGCCCUCAUUCCAGAGUUUGCUCCUGAAACACCUGAGAGAUUUGAAGACAUCCUUAAAGACGUUGAAAGGAUAAUUAUGCCUGGGGUAACUCAUUGGCACAGUCCCUACUUCUUUGCCUAUUUUCCUACUGCCAACUCUUUCCCCGCUCUUUUGGGUGAUAUGUUAUCUGGGGCCAUAGGAUGCAUUGGAUUUUCAUGGGCCUCAAGCCCAGCUUGUACCGAAUUGGAAACAGUCAUGCUGGAUUGGCUAGGAAAGAUGAUCAAUUUGCCUCCACAAUUUCUGGCUGGGAAAGAUGGAGAAGGAGGUGGGGUAAUCCAGGGAACUGCCAGUGAAGCUACCUUGGUUGCCAUGCUGGCAGCUCGAACCAAAGCAAUCCGUCGUAUACAGUUAGACAAUGAAAAUCUAACUCAGGGAGAAAUUACUGGCCGCCUGGUAGCUUAUACUUCUGAUCAAGCUCAUUCAUCAGUUGAAAAGGAUGUCUUGAUUGCUGGAGUGAAAAUUAAACAAGUUCCCACAGAUGACUCAUUUUCUGCCCGUGGGUCAGCUCUAAGAAAAAUUAUAGAUGCAGAUAAAGCUGCUGGUCUUAUCCCAUUCUUUUUGUGUGCAACUCUUGGAACUACAACAUGUUGCUCCUUUGACAAUCUGCUAGAACUGGGUCCCAUUUGUAAUGAGGAGAAUAUUUGGAUGCAUAUCGAUGCAGCCUAUGCUGGAAGUGCUUUCAUCUGCCCUGAAUUUCGUUACCUUCUCAAUGGAGUAGAGUAUGCAGAUUCAUUCAACUUCAACCCUCAUAAGUGGCUCCUGGUCAACUUUGAUUGUUCUACUAUGUGGGUGAAGAAGAGAUUGGAUUUAACAUGUGCCUUUAAAAUAGAUCCUGUUUACUUGAAGCAUGAUCAUGAUGAAUCUGGAUGCAUUACAGACUACAGGCACUGGCAGAUUCCUUUAGGUAGAAGAUUCCGGUCUUUGAAAAUGUGGUUUGUGUUCCGGAUGUAUGGUGUGAGUGGAUUACAAGAAUACAUCCGCAAGCAUGUUAGGAUAGCACAUGAAUUUAAGGACUUGGUGCUACAAGAUGAUCGAUUUGAAAUUUGUGCUGAUGUUAUACUGGGAUUGGUAUGCUUCCGAUUAAAGGGCAGCAAUGAACUUAAUGAAGUGCUUCUUAAAAACAUAAAUGAUGCCAGGAAGAUUCAUCUUGUUCCAUGUCAUCUGAGAGGAAAAUUUGUGCUGCGUUUUGCAAUUUGUGCCCGCACAGUGGAAUCUUCCCAUAUCCAGUUUGCCUGGAAACACAUCACAACAAUGGCAAGUGUACUUCUGAAAACACAAAAACAGAGUACUGAAUAAAAGACAAAAGGCUGGAUUCAACUCCAAAUAUAAAGGAUAACAUAAAUUCUGUCUUGUCUGAUACUUGUCUGUCACUGCCAGGAACAUACAGUUCUGUAAUUAGAUUGAGUGGGUUUAUAGAUAAAAGCGUAAAACUGAUAAUCUUCAUUUAAUGACCAUUGUUCGGUGACUACAUGAAUUUGUAACAGCAUGUACUGAAUGGUAGUUAUGAGUGAUCCUUAUUUUUAUGCCUGUCACAGUACUUUGUGCUCAUGUGAUCGCUGUUUGCAAUCUUAUUUGCCUGCUUCUGACAAAGUCCAUCAAGAAGACGGCAUAAUGUUGCAAAUGGUGACACAUGACAUCCUUGCUUAACAAUCUGUAGUUAUUUUCAUAACAACCAGAGCAUCAGAAACACUGUUGCUAAAUGGCACAGUUAUGUGACAUCAAGCUUUAUGACAAUGUUGCUUAGUAACAAAUUCUAGUUCCAGUUAUUGUUGUUAAGGGAUGAUUACCAAUAAUGGCUAUUGGUGUUCAGAGGCCAAAUGCCAAAAACCUUAUCAUUGUUCCAAUAUGUAUGAAUCUGACUGUAAGCCUGACAAUUAUGAUCUUAUCCUGUUUGGCCCCAACAUCAACCAGGUCAAAGCUAUUGGCAGAAUAUAACAAUGAAUCAAUCUUCCUGCAAUAAUCUGUUUUUUUAGGCCAAUGGUGAUGCCUUAUGGCAGAUGAUACCAAAUCAUAAAGAUCAGAACUAUUAGAUAAAAGUUUGCUCAGCUAGAAGACUUUGUUGUCACUUGUUGCAGUGCAGCAAAUUAAAAAAAAAAAAGACAUUUAGAGGGACGGUAGACAGCACUACUGCUUCUUUUCUGAUAACAUUCACCUUACCUCCGACAUUGCAAUUUUCAUCUCAGCCUUUGAAUAUUUGCAUUUUCAAGUUUUUCCUUUCUAGCAUUCCUUUUUUUCCCCUUUUUGAUAAAGAAAAGGGGUUUUCUGAGAAAAAAAAAAACCACCUGGGUUUUAUUGCUACCUCUUCUUAACGUUAGUUAUUUAAACAAAUAGGCUUUUAAUGAACUGAAAUUAUUUGAAGACCAUUUAUUGAAUUAAGAAUCUUUUGGUCCAACAAAUGAUAAUUGGGGUAAAACUAUGUAAUCUUGUCCAACCAUGCUUUCUCUUGUUAUUGGUUUGCAAGUAUAGAGAAUUAUUGAUGAUACAUUAAAAAAAUGAUGGAAAUAUUGAUAACUCACUGAGUCACCUCAAGUUGGCAUAUAAACAUAUAAACUUGAUAAAUAAAUAAACUCAAGUCUAGCACCAUGAUUCUAAUUGAAUUACAAUACUGUUGCAAGUUAAUGUUUCUGUGUAAUUUUCUUGAAGUAAUUGUGCCUUGCAUUAUACCCAUUAUGUGACAGAUCCUGCUUUAUGUUUUCUACUGUUAUAUAAUCAAAUGUACUAGAGUGUAUUUUUUUCUGUAUAAAUGCUUAUUUAUUUAUGCCUCUAGAAUGUUUCCACUGAAUGGGAUCUUAGGGCUUGCUUGAUCUUCUAAAGCAAUGUCGUGAAACUCAAAUAAAAUAUUAACUUAGAAAACCACCACAUUUGUCUAUUUCUUUUUUAUUAAUACAUCAAUACAUUGUAAUCAGAUAUGAAUUAAAUAUUACUUACACAAAAAAGAAAAGCAUUAUUAUAAAUUUGACUUUUGUUUUCAAUAUUUAUGGCUAUAUAUAUUUCCUCACCACCUCACUCUGAGCUUCCUCCGUCAAAAUAUUACUAAAUUAGCAAUAGCAAUAGCACUUAGACUUAUAUAGUGCUUCAUAGUGCUUUUACAGCCCUCUCUAAGCUGUUUACAGAGUCAGCAUCUUGCCCCCAACAAUCUGGGUCUUCAUUUUAUCCACCUCAGAAGGAUGGAAGGCUGAAUCAACCUUGAGCCUGGUGAGAUUUGAACUGCUGAACUGCAGUUAGCUGAAGUAGCCUGCAGUACUGCACUCUAACCACUGUGCAACCUCAGCUCCUUAUUGCAUAGAUCAUCUCUUCACCUCUUAUUCCCACUUACUAUCUCCUUGCUUUUAUUUCAUGUGCAGAAAAGAUUAUUUUGUGCAGUUUUCCUAAACCAGGUACACAUUUGUGUACUAUGCAAGAAUAUGAAUAUUUUAGAAGCGACAUGAAAUUUUUUCUUCCUCAAAAUAAAGACUGAUCUAACUACCAUAUUUUUUGGAGUAUCAGACACACCUUUUUCCCCCCAAAAAGAGGGUGAAAAUCUGGGUGCGUCUUAUACUACAAAUGUAUAACCCAGCUUCUCAAACGAAGGUUUCAGAGGUUUCAGAGGAUGAAAAAAGCAUCAGAAAUGGAGCUUAGAAAAAAAAAAGCUUAGAAAAAAAGAAAAAAGCUUAGAAAAAAAGCCCCAAAUGGAACUUCAUGGAACUUAGGAAAAAAGCCCCAAACAGAGCUUCAGAAAAGAAGCUCCCAAAUAGAGCUUCAGAGGCUUUUUUUCUGAAGUUCUGUUUUGGAGGCUUUCAGAGGCAGAAAAAAGUUUUUUCUGAAACAGAGUUUCAGAGGCAGGGAAAAAAAGCC